UCAACCCAUUGGUCCAGGUCAGGCUAGUGGCUAGCACGCCAGCAGCUGUGACAGCUUGAGGGUGUUGGAGUUAAGUGAAACGUUUGCACCCCGGACUAUCGUCCCUCUUCUGGAUUAGGGUCUCCGUGGUGUUGUUUUGGCCUGAAUCUUGAAGCAGCAGAGACGGCGUGUUGUUCGAUAGCCACGUGUACAGGAACUGAAGCUCGACAGAAGAUCAUGACACUUUGGAGGAAAGUGUGGUGCAGAAAUAUCCUGGCUGCAUCGCUGCUUUUCUGCUUGAUGCUGUUCGCCAUUGUUGUGCACGCCCGCCCAGCCAACAUGUCAGCGGCCAAAGACAAACCUCCAGCCAAUAAGGACGAGAAUGAGAUUCUCCCUCCAGAUCACCUGAACGGUGUGAAGUUGGAGAUGGACGGCCACCUGAAUAAAGACUUCCACCAGGAAGUUUUUCUGGGAAAAGAAAUGGAAGAGUUCGAGGAGGACUCCGAGCCGCAGAAGAACAGGAGGAAGCUAAUCGACAUUUUCCACAAAGUCGACUUCAACAAAGACCGCAGUGUCAGUGCCAAAGAGAUGCAGCGUUGGAUCAUGGAGAAGACAGAGGAGCAUUUUCAGGAGGCCAUGAAGGAGAACAAGAACAGCUUCCAUGCUGUUGACCCAGAUGGAGAUGGUCAGGUGACAUGGGAUGAAUAUCGAGUCAAAUUUCUGGCCAGUAAAGGUUUUAUUGAAAGCGAAAUUGCAGAGAAGAUCAGGAACAACGAGGACUUGAAACUGGAUGAAGAAACUCAGGAGGUUCUGGAGAGUCUGAAGGACCGCUGGUUUCAGGCCGACAGUCCUCCCGCGGACCAGGUGCUGAAUGAGGAGGAGUUCCUGUCGUUCCUUCACCCUGAGCACAGCAGAGGAAUGCUGCAGUACAUGGUCAAAGAAAUUGUACGGGACUUGGAUCAGGAUGGCGAUAAGAAACUGACUCUCUCAGAGUUCAUUGCGUUGCCCGUGGGCAUUGUGGAAAACCAACAGGCUCAGGACAUCGAUGACGACUGGGUGAGGGAGAGGAAGAAGGAAUUUCAGGAAGUCAUCGAUUCUGAUCGGAAUGGCAUUGUAACUAUGGAAGAACUGGAGGAGUACAUGGACCCCAUGAAUGAACACAACGCUUUAAACGAGGCCAAGCAGAUGAUCGCCGUCGCAGACGAGAACCAGAACCAUAGUCUGGAGCUGGAUGAGAUCCUCAAGUACAGCGAGUACUUCACAGGUAGCAAGCUCAUGGACUAUGCCAGAAAUGUUCACGAGGAGUUCUGAAGACUCGUGUCAUUGGUUGCUCCAAAAGAUGGACUGAUAUGCUCCGCCUGCGUCAGGGAUCAACCCAGGAACGGGCCUAACAGGUGAUGGGGUGUCAUAGCGUGCAAUUGUGUAUGUGUGUUUUGUUUAUGUGUGUGUGUUGUGCGUGCGUGUGUGUGUGUUUUAAAGCCUCUUCUUCCACUGCUCCUCUUACAACAAUGCACCAUCUGUAAACAUCUCUCCUCUGUGCUUUCAGCCUCCGAUGUUGAAGCACAGCAACAACGCUAAAUCAAUUCACCGUUAUUCUGAAAAACGUGUGUGUGUGCGUGCGUGUGUGAGUGAGGUGAGAGAGACUGUAGUCACCAGAGCACACUGAGCUGCAAAUGUUGUGACAUCCUCCGCUUCUCCGUCUGUGUACACAGUGUAAAUAUAAUUAUUGUCAUAUAGUAGAAGUGCAAAAUAAUUUUAAUGCUGCUUAAAAACAUAAAUUACAACGAACUAGAGAUGCCAUUCAAAUAUAUACCAUAUAUGUCGUCACUUUACUUCAACUUUCAAAUUGAAUUCUGCUGGUAGAGGUGCAAACACCAUUUGUCUAUAAUGUAUAGAAUCCAUCCUUGGUUGAUUGAAAACAAAGAAGGUAACUAAAAAUGUCAAUUAAGAUUACAUAAUUUGCAUUCACUUUAUAUGGCUGGGAUUCAAGAGAUUAAUAUAUAAGUGAUUUGACUUUGACAGUCAAAAAGUGUUUAGACAAAAGGAAGGAAAAUAUUUUCUGUUAUUGAUUUGAAAAGAAAAAUACCAUUUUGGUUUAUAGCCCUGUCGGUGGGGGGUGGGGGGGCAGAGGGCAUGGGUGAGUGUGUCCACAGGAUGUCUCCAUGGCGAUUGAAGGACAGUUAGUUGUCCAUCUUACAGUUAGUCAAAGUCCAAGUUUAGUUAAAAUAUAAGUAAAGAGAAACUCAUUCAUUCCCCUGUUGAGCGUGGACGUGUGUGUGUUCUUCAUCAGCUGAUGUUGAGCUUCACUCUGGUGGUACGGAGGAUUAGGGAUGAACCUUUCAUCACUGUACACACCUUAUUUCUGCUUGUGUCCUGUUCCUGAAUGCAUGCACAAAUAGAGAAAGUUCCAUUAUUUUUCAGUGACCUGUGGACAUGUGUGACAUGAAAAAGGAUUCAGUAGCGUGUUAACUGAUUUAUAGAAUAAAUUGCAAAUAUACUGGUAAUAAAUAAUUCUUCUAAUGUAACGCAAA